AUGAGACUUCUUCUUCUUGUUGUUGCGGUGGCGGCUCUGUUGACAGAAAAUCUAGCGCUUCCAGUGGGGAAAGAAGGUCGGAGAGAAGAUGUGGUGACACGAUGCCUGGUUGAGGUCCUGUCCAAAGCUCUCUCCAAACCGGACUCUCAGCUGGAUCAGGAAUGCAGGGACAUUCUCCAAGCAGGGGUUAAACACGUCCCGCUGGACAAGAAGAGCGGGGACGGGAUCGUAACUCAUGAGGAGGUGGUCGAGGUUCAGCCCAAGGAUACAGAGACAAAGGCAGCCGAUGUGAAAGACAUCGAGGCACUCCUGAAAUCCGUAGAGGAGAAGAGGGAAAACCCAGAGGACGAGCGCAGCCAAGAGUCCUGGAGUCUGGGUGACGAGAAGGAAAAGAGACAUGAGAACGCAGAAGAAGAAGUAGUGCGGGAGAAAAGAAGCAAAUGGAAGUCUGGGAGAUACCACCAAAAGAAAGCCAAACGAGAUGAGGAGCCUUUAGAAGAGCGCAGCCAAGAGGAUUGGGGUCUUGACAAUGAGAGAGACAAGAGGAACUGGAGGCCUGGCAGAGAAAAGAGGAAAUGGAGGCCAGGCAGGUACCAACAGUCGAGAAGCAAACGUGAUGAAGAGCUCGCAGAAGAAGCCAGGGAAGAACCAGACGAAGAACGCAGCCAGGAGAGCUGGGACUUUGACUCUGGAAGAGAGAAGAGGAAAUGGAGGCCUGGCAGGUACCGAAAGACGAGAAGCAAGCCAGAUGAAGAGCUCUCAGAAGUAGCCAGGGAAGAACCAGAUGAAGAGCGCAGCCAGGAGAGCUGGGACUUUGACACAGGAAGAGAAAAGAGGAAAUGGAGGCCUGGCAGGUACCAACAGACGAGAAGCAAACGUGAUGAAGAGCUUGCAGAAGAAGCCAGAGAAGAACCAGAUGAAGAACGCAGCCAGGAGAGCUGGGACCUUGACACAGGAAGAGAAAAGAGGAAGUGGAGGCCUGGCAGGUACCAACAGUCGAGAAGCAAACGUGAUGAAGAGCUUGCAGAAGAAGCCAGAGAAGAACCAGAUGAAGAACGCAGCCAGGAGAGCUGGGACCUUGACACAGGAAGAGAAAAGAGGAAGUGGAGGCCUGGCAGGUACCAACAGUCGAGAAGCAAACGUGAUGAAGAGCUUGCAGAAGAAGCCAGGGAAGAACCAGAUGAAGAACGCAGCCAGGAGAGCUGGGACUUUGACACAGGAAGAGAAAAGAGGAAAUGGAGGCCUGGCAGGUACCAACAGUCAAGAAGCAAACGUGAUGAAGAGCUUGCAGAAGAAGCCAGGGAAGAACCAGAUGAAGACCGCAGCCAGGAGAGCUGGGACUUUGACACAGGAAGAGAAAAGAGGAAAUGGAGGCCUGGCAGGUACCAACAGACGAGAAGCAAACGUGAUGAAGAGCUCUCAGAGGAAGCCAGGGAAGAACCAGAUGAAGAGCAACGCAGCCAGGAGAGCUGGGACUUUGACAAAAGACACGGAAAAGAAGUGGGAGAGGUGGAAAAGCGCAUUUGGAAGCCGACACACCGGUACCAUCACAAAAAGAAACUUCACAAACGUGGUGGAGACUCAUCAGAGGACGAGGAGGAACAGAGGGGUGUUCAAGAGGACGAAGCCCUGAGGUAUCUGGCAGAGAAGCGUAAUCCCUGGAUUUACAGAGGGUUCUACCAGCCCGUCUUGUUUAAAAGGGAUUCAGAUGAACACGCAGCAACUAAGGUGAGCAUGGACGACCUGGCCAAGUUGCUGAGCUACAAGAUAAACCAGCUGCCCGGCCAUUCUAAUCAGGAGGUUGCAAAGAGAAGCACGCACCAGAGAGUCGUCACUCCGCAGGAGGAUAAAGAUCUGGAAAACCUAGCAGCCAUGGACGUGGAGUUCCAGAAAAUCGCCAACAAGCUGCAUGAGAAUGGUGCAUAA